AUGCAGAUUGCAAUAGGUCGUGCUGCGUGCCUGAAGUGUGCGACCGCGGUGAUGGCCAGGAGGUUCAGCAGCACCGUGAGGGGGGCCACAGUGCACAGCAGAGCCAGGCGGAAGGAGGCGCCGGGGGAGAGCGGGGGCCGCAGACACGACUGGUUCAGCUCCGGGAAGCACAGGGCUGAGGGAGCAGAGGGAUCCAUGUGUACCUCUGCUCUGCUCUCAGGUCUGGGAUGUCUCCAGCAGCACAUGGGGAGUUUAUACCUGUUCACCGCUCUCUCCUGA